AUGAAGGCCAAGGACGACGCUGUCACUGGAUUGACCAAGGGUAUCGAGAUUUUGUUCAAGCAGAACAAGGUCGACUAUUUCAAGGGUACUGGUAGUUUUGUCAAUGAGAACGAGAUCGAGGUCGAGCCCCUUGAUGGUUCGGAAAAGGUCAAUUUGAAGGCCAAGAACAUCAUUAUUGCUACUGGUUCUGAACCCACUCCUUUCCCAGGAAUCGAGGUAGAUGAGAAGAAGAUUGUCACUUCCACUGGUAUUCUUUCAUUGACUGAGGUUCCUAAGAAGUUGGCCAUUAUUGGUGGUGGUAUUAUCGGUCUUGAGAUGGCUUCUGUCUGGUCUCGUCUUGGAUCCGAUGUUACUGUUAUCGAGUUCUUGAACAACAUUGGAGGUGCUGGUAUCGAUGGUGAAUUGGCCAAGCUGGCUCAAAAGACUCUUAAGAAGCAAGGAAUCAACUUCAAGUUGGGAACCAAGGUUUUGUCUGGUAAGGUCGAGGGAGAGAAUGUUAAGAUCGAGGUCGAGAAUGCCAAGAACGGUAAGAAGGAGGAGCUUGAUGCCGAUGUUCUUUUGGUGGCUAUUGGCCGUCGUCCUUAUACCGAGGGUCUUAAGAUCGAGAACGUUGGUGUUGAUAUGGACCAACGUGGUCGUGUUGUCAUUGACCAAGAGUACCGUACCAAGUACCCACACAUCCGUGUGAUUGGUGAUGCUACUUUCGGACCCAUGCUUGCCCACAAGGCCGAGGAAGAAGGUAUUGCUGCCGUUGAGUACAUUAAGAACGGACAUGGUCACGUCAACUAUGGAGCCAUUCCCUCUGUCAUGUACACCCACCCCGAGUUCGCAUGGGUUGGACAGACCGAGGAGCAAAUCAAGGAGGCCGGUAUUAAGUACAAUGUCGGUAAGUUCCCAUUCCUUGCCAACUCUCGUGCCAAGACCAACCUCGACACUGAAGGUAUUGUCAAGAUCAUCGCCGACAAGGAGACCGACCGUGUUCUUGGUGUCCACAUUGCUGGCCCCAACGCCGGUGAGAUGAUUGCCGAGGCUGUUCUCGCCAUCGAGUACGGUGCCUCAUCCGAAGACAUCGCUCGUACCUGUCACGCCCACCCCACCCUGUCAGAAGCCUUCAAAGAGGCCGCCAUGGCCACCUACGACAAGGCCAUCCACUUCUAA